UUGCGCUCACUAAAAAACCCUAGAACUCAUCUCACUCCUCUCCCUCUAUAGCAUUUCGAGUUUUUUUGAAUUCGAAAAAGAGUGUAUUUGUAGUGUUAGAGAUCGGCAAUGGCGGAGACAGAGACGUUUGCUUUUCAGGCAGAGAUUAACCAGCUGUUGAGUUUGAUCAUCAACACCUUCUACAGCAACAAGGAGAUCUUUCUUCGCGAACUCAUCAGCAAUGCCUCUGAUGCUUUGGACAAAAUUCGUUUUGAGAGCUUGACCGACAAGAGCAAGUUAGAUGCGCAACCAGAGCUCUUCAUUCACAUCAUUCCUGACAAGACCAACAACACAUUGUCCAUCAUUGACAGUGGGAUUGGCAUGACAAAGGCUGAUUUGGUGAACAAUCUUGGUACAAUUGCGAGGUCUGGAACCAAAGAAUUCAUGGAAGCUCUUGCUGCUGGUGCUGAUGUGAGCAUGAUUGGGCAGUUUGGUGUUGGUUUCUACUCAGCUUACUUGGUUGCUGAUAAGGUCAUUGUGACCACAAAGCACAAUGAUGAUGAACAGUAUGUCUGGGAGUCCCAAGCUGGUGGCUCAUUCACUGUUACCAGAGACACCUCUGGCGAGAAUCUUGGUAGGGGUACGAAGAUAACCCUUUACCUUAAAGAAGACCAGCUUGAAUAUCUUGAGGAGCGCCGACUCAAGGAUUUGAUCAAAAAGCAUUCUGAAUUCAUCAGUUACCCAAUCUCUCUCUGGGUUGAGAAGACUACCGAGAAGGAAAUUUCUGAUGAUGAGGAUGAGGAAGAAAAGAAGGACGAUGAAGGAAAGGUGGAGGAUGUCGAUGAAGAGAAGGAGAAGGAAGAGAAGAAAAAAAAGAAGAUCAAGGAGGUGUCCCAUGAGUGGUCUUUGGUGAAUAAGCAGAAGCCCAUCUGGAUGAGGAAGCCUGAAGAGAUCACCAAGGAAGAAUAUGCUGCGUUCUACAAGAGCCUCACCAAUGAUUGGGAAGAGCACUUGGCUGUGAAGCACUUCUCAGUUGAGGGACAGUUGGAGUUCAAGGCUGUUCUCUUUGUUCCUAAGAGAGCACCAUUUGAUCUCUUUGACACAAAGAAGAAGCCCAACAACAUCAAGCUUUAUGUGCGCCGGGUGUUCAUCAUGGAUAACUGUGAGGAGCUUAUGCCUGAGUACUUGGCCUUUGUGAAAGGUAUCGUUGAUUCCGAGGACCUUCCUCUCAACAUUUCUAGAGAGAUGUUGCAGCAGAACAAAAUCCUCAAGGUCAUUCGCAAAAAUUUGGUCAAGAAGUGCAUUGAGCUCUUCUUUGAGAUUGCUGAGAACAAGGAAGACUAUAACAAGUUCUACGAGUCUUUCUCUAAGAACCUCAAGCUUGGCAUUCAUGAGGAUUCCCAAAACAAGACUAAGCUUGCUGAAUUGCUUCGAUAUCACUCCACCAAGAGUGGUGAUGAGAUGACUAGCUUGAAGGACUAUGUUACCAGGAUGAAGGAGGGACAGAAUGACAUCUAUUACAUAACUGGUGAGAGCAAGAAGGCUGUCGAGAACUCACCCUUUUUGGAGAAGCUCAAGAAGAGGGGAUAUGAGGUCCUCUUCAUGGUUGACGCCAUUGAUGAGUAUGCAGUGGGACAGUUAAAGGAGUUUGAGGGGAAAAAGCUGGUGUCUGCCACCAAGGAAGGUUUGAAGCUUGAUGAGAGCGAAGAUGAGAAAGCGAAAAAGGAAGCUCUGAAGGAGAAGUUUGAGGGCCUUUGCAAGGUGAUGAAGGAUGUAUUGGGUGACAGAGUUGAGAAAGUGGUUGUGUCCGAUCGUGUGGUGGAUUCUCCCUGCUGUUUGGUGACUGGAGAGUAUGGCUGGACUGCCAACAUGGAGAGGAUCAUGAAAGCACAGGCCUUGAGGGAUUCGAGCAUGGCAGGUUACAUGUCAAGCAAGAAGACAAUGGAGAUCAACCCUGAGAACCCCAUAAUGGAGGAGCUUAGGAAGAGGGCAGAUGCAGAUAAGAAUGACAAAUCUGUGAAGGACUUGGUUCUCUUGCUGUUUGAGACUGCAUUGCUGACCUCAGGCUUCAGCCUGGAUGACCCAAACACAUUCGGCAACAGGAUCCACAGGAUGCUGAAACUUGGGCUGAGCAUUGAUGAGGAAGCUGGUGAUGUUGACGUGGACAUGCCCCCUCUAGAGGAAGCUGAAGCUGAUGCAGAGGGCUCCAAGAUGGAGGAAGUUGAUUAAACAUACUAACCCCCCUUUUCUUUCCCUCUCUAUUUUUUUUUUUGGGGUUCAGAUUUUGGUAGUAUUUUUGUCUGAAUUUGCUGUCGUUAGUUUUCUCUGCUCGUGUUUUAUUGACUGGAUGGUAAUGGAUGCUGUAGUUUUUGUUUUUAAAAUCCAAUAUAUAUUAUCUUCUACUUGAUUGGCUGGCC